CACCCCCUCCCGCCCUAUUCCACCACCAUGGCAAACGUUUAUGGGCUCGACUUUCUACGGAGCGAACACGUCCUCGACGAGGUUCACUCGAACAGGAAUCCCCGCCACCCUUCCUCCAGCGGCAACAUCGAUGACGAGGACCGGGCCAGCAACAGCGGUGGUAUCGACGACAUCGACACGGAGGCUCUCGCUGCCGCCGCCGCCAAUAAGUCCGACACCGAAAAACAAUACGACAUUUUGAAUUUCCUCAAGGCCCAUCGGAGCGCGGGAUGGAUGCCUCCCACAGUCAUUUACCAGCGGACGGGCAUCGAUCUGGAGGAGGACACGGAACUCGCAGAGAAGCUAAGGAAUCACUACAAGAUCAAGGUCGAGACGGUCCCCGACCCGGAAAACCCUUCCCUUACGAUCGACACGUACUCCUACCAAGCGACCUACAACCACGUGAGAGACCGAAAGACGCUGCUGGCGCAGAUCAAUAGGUGCAAGAACGGUGUCCUAAUGAAGGAGCUCGAGGAUUCCUAUGACACGGUGCAGAGCGAUUUGGAUGCACUCGUCUGCGCCGGAGACGUCCUGGCGCUCUUCAACCCAGAGCGCAAGGAUAAGGUCUUGUUUCCGAGGGGCGAACCCUUUUUGGUAGAGUUGGAUGGGAUCGUUGCCCUUCCGUUGGAACAGAAACCACAGCUCGAUCCGGUGGCAAAUACCGGUGCCGACGGCGCAGUGAAAGCCGAACCCGUAGCCCCGAACGGUGCCGCCGCCUCGGAAGCAGCCGGAGAAACACCUUCGGUCGCGGCUGACAAAAUUCCAUCGGAGGUGGAGUCGGGAACACAUAUAACGCCAGCAGCUGCUUCCAAGCCGAUCUAUACUAUCGAGAUGGAUUCCAACCCCACGACACAGAUUCGAAGGGGAGAAGCCGUCCAAAUCGGUGGAACAUGGUUCCGUGUCUCCAGCGACGUCAAGGGGCACAAAAACCAACCGGUGCGAGCGAAAGCGCCCCUCUCGGUGGUUGCACGCAAGGACAUUGCUCUCUCCAAAAACAACCGACUGGACGGUUUCGUUCGGACCUUCGACAGCCGGGAGCUCCCGAUCGAUGCCCCCCUCCCGCCCUCGGCAAUCGAGAACGUCCAAAAGGCCAAGGAGGCCCGCGAAAAACUCCUCAAGCUGAGCCACGGUGGCCGCGCCGGGGGAGCGGCCUCGCAGCUUCUGGGCACGAACGCCCACUCCUCUAAUCCCGUGGCGCUGGCCUCCACGCUGGGAACGAGCCACGCCGCUGGGUCCCGUCGCCGGCCCCAGGUGGGAAGCAGUCUCGGCGCCGCAUCCAGCGCAAGCGCGAGAAAGGCGCAGCAGGAGGCCAUUGCCAAGCUCAGGGAGGCCGCGCUAGACCCGUACCUGUCACUCUAUUCCCACCCCAAGCGGCACGGGUGCACCAAGGACGUCCGUGAGUUGUACCUGGGCACGCGGAGCAAGGUGCCGAGCACGGAAGCCGCCCUCAAGGCCGCCCUGGUCGAGCACAAGCUCCUGGAACCCGGCGAGGAACUGCGGCGGGCGCGGCUGCAAAAGAGGGCCAACGUGGACAACGACGGUAAACCAAAAAAGCGCCGCUACUACGAGCGCAAGAACCAGCGAAUGACCAACACGCACCUGGAGGGCACGGAGAUCGGGGCGGUCCUGCGGCGUGCCACCGAGAAGCAGCAGCAGGGACAGCAGGUGGGCGACGGAGGAAUGUAACGGAGUGCAGUGCAGUGCAGUGUAGAGCACGAAAUACCACAGCGGGACAAACAUGGUGGGACUACGCAGAUCUGGAUCCAAUUCGCUGUGCUGUCGAAUCCAAACAAAUGCACCAAUUGUUG